CAGCAGCUCGAGGGCGGCAUGCCGGGCUCGGGGGAGCCGCCGCCGCCGCAUGGGGAGGAAGCAGCGCCAGAGCGCCCCGCCGGGCUCGGGCGCGUGUUGCGGGAGAAGACCUGGGACGAGACGGGGCUGGCGCGAACCUCCAGCCUGGCUCCUGCCAAGAAGAUCAAGGCCAAGAUCAAGAAGACGUUGCCUGUGACUGGCCCCCAGGCACCAACCCUGCAUGAACUCAUGCACUGGUACUGCAUGAAUACCAACACGCACGGCUGCCGGCGCAUCGUCGUGUCCCGCGGACGCCUGCGCCGGUGCCUUUGGAUCCUACUCACCCUGACCGCUGUGGGGCUGAUCCUGUGGUACUGUGCACAGCUGGUCAUGAACUAUUACGUGGCCUCUGUCUCCGUCACAGUGCAUUUCCACAAGCUCCCCUUUCCAGCCGUCACGAUCUGCAACAUCAACCCAUACAAGUACAGUGCUAUAAAAGGGCAUCUGGCGGAACUGGACAAGGAGACCAUGGCUGCGCUGAGGUCCUUAUAUAACUUCUCAGAAAGCAAGCCCAGGGACCGGCGUGAUGCAGGCAGUGAGAAGUCUGACAAGAGCAAAUUCCUUAAGCACUUUCCCCUGAGGAAGAUGGAUUACCUACAUCCCACGUCUGUGGCCAAUUUUUCUGCUGGCCACAAGCGACGGAUCGACGCAAGCAUCAACCCAGAAGGCCCUAGCAUGGUGAAGAACCCCCAGGACAUUGUGGGCUUCCAGCUGUGUGAUUCCAACAAUAAGAGUGACUGCGCCCUUUACACGUUCAGCUCAGGCGUCAACGCCAUCCAAGAGUGGUACAAGCUGCACUACAUGAACAUCAUGGCUCAGAUUGAUGCCGAGGAGAAAGUGAGGAUGAGCUACUCGGCUGACGAGCUCCUGCUGAGCUGCUUCUUUGAUGGCAACUCCUGCGACUCCAGGAACUUCACUUCCUUCCACCAUCCAAUGCACGGGAACUGUUACACCUUCAACAGUGGCCAAAACGGGGAGAUCCUGAACACAUCCACAGGAGGCAGUGAAAAUGGACUGCAGGUGAUCCUGUACAUAGAAGAAGCCGACUACAACCCCUUCUUGGUGAUGUCCACAGGAGCCAAGAUAGUGGUCCAUGACCAAAAUGAAUACCCCUUCAUUGAAGACAUUGGCACCGAGAUAGAGACAGGCAUCGCCACCUCUAUCGGGAUGCACUUUACAAAGUCCCAUCGGCUCAGCAAGCCGUACAGCAACUGUACGGAGAAUGGAGCAGGUGUCCAAGUGGAGAAUCUCUACAACAAGACCUACUCUUUGCAGAUCUGCCUGCAUUCCUGUUUCCAGAAUUCAAUGGUGAAAAACUGUGGUUGUGCUCAGUACGCCCAGCCCCUGCCUGCUGGAGCUGAGUUCUGCAACUACAAGAAAUUCCCAAACUGGAUGUACUGCUACUACAAGCUACACGAGCAGUUUGUGAAAGAGCAGCUGGACUGCCAGCAGAUCUGCAAAGAGGCCUGCAGAUUGAAAGAAUGGACGCUCACCACCAGCCUCGCUCAGUGGCCUUCGACUGUGUCUGAGGAGUGGAUGCUCAGAGUUCUCUCUUGGGACAAAGGCAAGGACAGCAACAAGAUGUUAAACAAGACAGACCUGGCAAACCUCAUGGUGUUCUACAAAGACUUGAACGAGAGGUCCAUCACAGAGAAGCCAACAAACACCGUGGUUCUGCUCCUGUCCAACUUUGGUGGCCAGCUGGGCCUGUGGAUGAGCUGCUCCGUGGUCUGUGUCAUUGAGAUCGUGGAGGUCUUCUUCAUCGACACACUUUGCAUCAUCUUGCGCCACCAGUGGCAGAAGGUCAAGAAGUGGUGGCAGAGUCGGAAGGGGGGGCGAAGCCAGGAGGCCACGCUGCCCCCCCAGAGCGGCACACUCGAAGGGCAGGGCCAUGACAACCCUGCCUGCACCCAGGAUGAUGACGACGACGAUGACGACCUGCCCACCUUCAACACGGCCAUGCGGCUGCCGCUUCCCCCACAGCACCUGGCCCCCAGGACUCCGCCCCCCAACUAUAGCACAUUGCGGCUGGCCAGCCCCUUUCCUGAGCAGCUGGAGGACACGCUGGAGGUCCGGAGGCAGUGAUGCUGGGGCGACCACGCUCUGCCCUGCGCUGAGGUGAGGGCGAGCCGGGCCUUUUGCAGCAGCUGCUGUUGCGACGCUCUGCAUUGGCGGAAGGCGAUCUGUGGCCUUGAAGCACGGAGAGAAGUGGUGGCUCCCCCUCCCGGAGAGUAACGGCUUCUCCGGAAGAAGGGGGCACGUCCAGCUGCACCUUCUGCGGAGACCAGGCCAGCCGUGGGGGGACCUGGCAGAGCCUCCCUUGGCAGCAGUGAGAAGCGGCUCUGUGAUGUCGCUGACGUGGAAGUGGGCCAUUGGAGUGGUGCGGGGGGGAGUGGGGGGCAACUUCUUGAUCCCAUGAUCACUCUGAGGCGCAGGGACUGCUUCUGAUCUUAAAGCGGCUGCCAUUGGCCACUUUUCUCCUCCUCCUGGCAAAGCCUGCAGACCUCUGCAGCCGCACCACAUGUGCAGAGGCACUGCAGCUGCACUCGUUGGGAUGAGAGGGGUCCAUCUCCUCCCCACUUCCCCUGGAGGAGCUGCAGCCCAGGCACAAGGAGGCCGAGCAGCGAAGGUGCAAGCAUGAUCAAGGACUUUGCACAUGUGCAAUACAAUGUGUUGUCGUUCUUAAAUGGAACUAUUUAACAACAGCCAAGCCAAAGGCUGGGAAACGUAGAAGGGAAAAUAUAAUUUUAAUAAAGCUUUCUAAGGGA